AUGCAUAGGUUGAAACUCUUUAAUAUUGCGAAGAUGCUUCCAACCUUCAUAAAAUUUGGAGGCUCUCCAAAUUUACGAAUUAAUUGUCGCUAUGUUAGUAGCAGUGAACAUUUAAAUAUGAAGAAAAACAUAAGUGUAGGAAAUAAGAAUAAUGAAGUUAGUAAUAAAAUAAAAAUCGGUAAAAUAGCCCAAGUGAUAGGUGCAGUAGUAGAUGUAGAAUUUCAGGAUACACCACCAUCUAUAUUAAAUGCUUUAGAAGUAGAAUUGGAUAACAAGAAAUUAAUUUUAGAAGUUGCUCAACAUUUAGGUAAUAAAGUAGUAAGAACAAUCGCAAUGGAUGCAACUGAUGGUUUAGUUAGAGGUCAAGAAGUAAAAGAUAGUGGUAAUCCUAUAUGUGUACCAGUAGGUAAAGAAACAUUAGGAAGAAUUAUGAAUGUUAUAGGUGAACCAAUAGAUGAAUGUGGAAAUAUUAAUCAUAAGAAAACAUUACCUAUACAUAGAGACCCUCCAUUAUUUACUGAUCAAAGUACAGAACCUGCUUUAUUAAUCACAGGUAUUAAAGUUGUAGAUUUAAUAGCUCCAUAUGCUAAGGGUGGAAAAAUUGGUUUGUUUGGAGGUGCAGGAGUAGGUAAAACUGUUCUCAUUAUGGAACUUAUUAAUAAUGUAGCUAAAAAACAUGGUGGUUAUUCUGUUUUUGCUGGUGUAGGAGAAAGAACUAGAGAAGGUAAUGAUUUAUAUCAUGAAAUGAUAACAACUGGUGUUAUUAAAAAAAAAAAUAUUGGAAAUAAUCAAUUCGAUUUUAAUGGAUCUAAAGCUGCUCUUGUAUAUGGACAAAUGAAUGAACCUCCUGGUGCUCGUGCAAGAGUUGCAUUAACAGGUUUAACAGUUGCUGAAUAUUUUAGAGAUGAAGAAAAUCAAGAUGUAUUAUUAUUUAUUGAUAAUAUUUAUAGAUUUACACAAGCAGGAUCAGAAGUGUCAGCUUUGUUAGGUCGUAUUCCUUCAGCUGUGGGUUAUCAACCAACAUUAGCAACAGAUUUAGGUGCAUUACAAGAAAGAAUUACAACUACAAAAAAUGGUUCUAUUACAUCUGUACAAGCUGUAUAUGUACCAGCUGAUGAUUUAACAGACCCUGCACCUGCAACUACCUUUUCUCACUUAGAUGCUACUACUGUCUUAUCAAGAUCUAUAGCAGAAUUAGGAAUAUACCCAGCUGUUGAUCCUUUAGAUUCUACUUCUCGUAUGUUAACACCAGAUAUUGUAGGAGCUGAACAAUAUCAAGUUGCAAGAAAUGUACAACAAAUAUUACAAGAUUAUAAAUCACUUCAAGAUAUUAUUGCAAUUCUUGGUAUUGAUGAAUUAUCAGAACAAGAUAAAUUAACUGUUGCAAGAGCUAGAAAAGUACAAAGGUUUUUAUCUCAACCUUUUGCUGUUGCUGAAGUUUUCACAGGAAAACCUGGUAGAUUUGUAGAAUUAGAAGAUACUAUUACUGGAUUCUCAGAACUUUUAAAAGGUAAUUGUGAUGACCUACCAGAAAUGGCUUUUUAUAUGGUUGGAGGUUUAGAGGAGGUAAAAUCCAAGGCAUUGGAAAUGGCUAAGCAAGUUUCUUGA